CAGGACAGAAUAGUUCCCUUGAAGGUGCACUGAAGGAAACGCUGCUUCCUUAUGUUGUGAGCCUGCCAAAGGUUUGGACUGGGGAUUUUUGUUUCUAAUGAAAAACAGACCGGCCAAUAUGGGGGGCAAUGAAAGAUUUUCAUCCUGGAACUUCACAGCAACCCGCAUCCCGCGACCUCAAAUCCAGCCCAACUGUUUAUCUCAGCACCGCAAGAACGCGCUCUGCUUGCCAGCCUUAAGUGAUCCGAGUUUCUCCGAGAUGAGCCAGGCUCCCUGUACGAAGCCCCCGGACCAGCUCUCCACAGACUGCUUGCACUCCCAGGACUCCCUGGACCGCCUGUCUGUCGACGACUUCUGGCAGGAGGUGCAGAACAUCCAGCAGAGUGGCAGCGACUCCGAGCAGGAGGGCAGUGUGGGCGACGCCAAGCAACCCGAGGAGGGAGAGCAGGAGAAAGAGUGGCUCCAGGAUGCUGGCCUAUCCACGCUGAUCAGCGAAGACUCUGAGGACGUGGACAAUGUGGGCCUGCUAUCCACUCUCACUCGGACACAAGCUGCCGCCGUCCAGCGCCGCCUGGACACCUACACUUGCUCUGUCCGCAAGAAGAACAAGCAGCCCGUCCGAGACGUCAGGGACAUUUUCAGAGCCGACAAUUCCAAGAAGACUCUAAUGGAAACCAAAGAUUCAGGGCGAGACAGUCAGACCAGUUGUCCCCUAGACAGCUGCGGGAGAGAGUUCUUCAUCACUGAUGUCGCUUACUCUGAACAGGCUGCCAUCCUGCAGAAACAGACGAAACUGCGGAGCAGGAACUCCAGGAGAAGGAAGGAUGAUGGCACUUUACCGAAGCUGAUCCCUGUGCAGUGCAGGCUGGGGGUGACGAGGAUUGGGGACCUGUCUGCCCAGGACGUGAAGAAGGUGCGGCAGCUCGCCCUCAUCGACAUGACCGCACUCUGUGACAUCCUGGAGGUGGAGCUCAAGAGACACAGGCUUGGCAAGAGGAAAAUCCACGAGAGCUGUCUGUUCGGAGUCCCCUUGGCCACUCUAGUGGAGAAUGACCAGAAGAUCAAGCCCAACACCACUGUUCCUCUUAUCUUGCAGGCGAUGUUCUCCUACCUGGAAAAGAAAGGCCUGGAUUCAGAGGGGAUUCUUCGUGUCCCUGGGUCCCAGUCCAGGAUCAAGAACCUGCAACAAAAGCUGGAGACCAACUUCUAUCCCGGGCUGUUUAGCUGGGAGGAGGUGAAUCCCAACGACGUGGCGGCGUUACUCAAGAAGUUCAUCCGUGAGCUACCGGCCCCCCUGCUCACCCCUGAGCACCUCCACACCUUCAACACAGUGCAGUAUAUUCAAGACCUGCAGCAGAGGCUUUAUGUCCUGAACCUGCUUGUGCUUCUUCUGCCUGAGCCAAACAGAAGCACCCUAAAGGCUCUGCUGGAGUACCUGGAAAAAGUGGUGUCUCGAGAGAAGAAGAACCGCAUGAGCCUGUGGAACGUCUCCACGAUCAUGGCGCCCAACCUCUUCAUGCACAAGGGCGUGCCCCCCAGCAAGCCUGCCGAGGGGGACGAGAAGGAACAGGCAGAGCGGGCGGCAGACGUCAUGAGGCUCCUCAUCCAAUACCAGGACCUGCUCUGGACGAUCCCCAAUUUCCUGAUGAUCCAGGUGAGGAAGCUGAAUGAAAGCAGCAGCCGCAGGUACCAGUUCUACGACAAGAGGAUCAAGAACCUCCUGAGGAAGAUGCAAAGUGAAAAGACAGAGAAGAACCCACCAGAGGCAAGCCCUCCAGUCAUAUCUGGGCCAUACAGGACAGUUAAGAUCCAGGUGGCUCCUUUACUAAGCGACUCUAUGGAGGUUCGGCUGGACACUGACUCCAGGGCGGUGGACGUGCUGGCUGAGUUUCACAUGAACCUGCGCAGCAUGGGGAACAGCGUCGUCAAGCGUAAUGGCUCUACAGCGUACCCCGACUGUGCUAUUUAUGAAGUUGGUGGGAAUAUUGGUGAGCACUGCUUGGAUCCCAACACUUACCUUUUAGACUUGUAUAACAACAACCCCAGUGGCGAAUGGAUUAUUAAGCUGCGGCCAGCCUCCGACAAACUGUUCUGAGGUUUUCCAGCUUUCUUGUGUAUAAUCCCGACCCCCCCCCCAAAUGCAACGAAGAACCUAAACAAAUCAUCACAAAAGGCUUCCACUAGCCAUUCAGAAAUGCAAAAUAUAAUUGCACUGGGUGCUCCACUACAACAAGGAUGUACUGUGCUAACAGUAAGAAUCCAAGCACAGAGACUUCACGACUUGCAAGAAGCAUGGCUGAAGCUCAUGGUUGCUGCGAGGCCGACCGGCUUCUUUGUCUGACUCUCUAGUGGUAUGCAGUGGAAUCCCGCACCAGACGUUUCUUGGAAUGCCUGACACACCCUUUACCAAGAAGACUUGCCGGUGUGGAGAAGCCCUGUUCAUUGAAACCGUAGGAAAGCUCCAACCAAGCUCAUGAGGCCAUUCAUAGCUGCUCAUUAAACUGCAAAGCUGCACGCGGUAAUGAGCGCAGUUGAGGAUUGCACUGGCAGGCUCCUCAAGCGAUCAUAAGAAAACUGGAAGAACAAAGAAGCUCUUUUGAAGGGAAUAUACUUAAACUUUGACCAAUGAAGCAAGUCUUCAACACUUUCUUGUUUUGUUUUUUGUUUAUUUAUUUAUUUUCUGUUUUUGAAGGAAAAUACCUAUUUAAAACACUCAUUUAAAAAUAAGUUAUUUGUUUUAGAUUUGAUUUUUGUUCUACUGAAACUAUCAGUUGUUGGUGUUUGUAAAGCAUUCUCCCCUUCCUUUUGUUACAUGGCCAUUCCUGCGCAACUGUAUGACUUCAAGUAACGAACCAAUGCUAACAGAUUUUAACAGACUAACUUACAAAGAGGGAGAGUUAGGCAAAAUAAAACAGAAUUAUAUAUUGGGGCUUUAUAGAGUAUGUAUUUAGGCCCACCGAAAAUGAGUUAUUCCAAUUGCCAGAAAAGCAUGUAACGGUAUUCCAGUAUCUUGUACAAAGUCCUGUAUUGUAUGAUUGUCAGUGCUGGUACACGGAGUAGAGCUGCCUAAAGCAAUUCCAAAUACUUUUUGCUGUCUACCGUUAGACUCUUGUAUUGUGGUUAGUGGUUCCCAGUUUUUAACACCUCUGUAUUUCAUGUAAAGUGGGUUUUAGUUCUCCUUGUCAGUCCUUGCCAAUGGGAAUUUCCACUGUGAGGGAAAUAGUUUUCUUAGCACAGUAGUAUUUGCUAAUACGUUAGGAAGCCAAGUUACCAAGAUUAGACUGUGAUGAAUACCAUCCACCAACUACAACAUGCAAUAUUACCAAAUGAACCAAACAAUUCUCUCUGGCUGCAGUAAUGUAGAUUUGUGUAUAGUUUUGAUAUGUAAAUAUGGAAAAAAAAGAUUCAAUGUACAACUCAAAGUUUGUUUUUUUUUCUACUUUUUGUGACAAA